GAAAUGGCCACUCCAUACAGUCUCUGCUCUGGGAUUCUCCAGGAAACCAAUAUCCAUCAUGAGACAUCAAGUCUAGUCCCAGGAAGAAGAGAUUCUGGAAUGGAAACAUCCUGGGUGGGAGUCUCAGCACAUCUACUAUUCUGUCUGAGUUACUGGACAAAUAACUUCAGUUUUAACCUAACGAAAGCUGGAUUGGUUGGAGGACUAGGCAGGCAGCACUGGAAAGUAUGUCAGCACCAUACCUGACUCCCUGAAUGCACUCAACAAUGCCAUUACUGACCGCUUACUAGGAAUAAAACAGUCAUUUGUUGAAUACAACCCGUUUCUUUUUACAAGUGUAGUGAAAAGUGUUUUCUUUCAAGAAACCCCAUGCAUUUAUAGACAUUGCCUCAGUGACCCUUUAUGAAAGAAGUCACUAGUCUUUGCAUGCCCAUUGGGCAAGGGCACCCCAAGGCUCAGAAGGAGGAGGCAGUGGGCUAGGAGAAUCGAGAGAUCAGAAUUUUAAACAGCCCAGCCAUUAACAUGCCUCAAGUACUCCUAUCAUAUUUGUAAGAGAAAACAGUUCACUGAAAUGAAUUCUAAGGUCUUUGGGUUUUUAUCAGUGUGCUUCUGUAGUUUCUGAGGAAAUCUAAGGCACAACUGAGGAAUGAAGUCAGGCUUUCCAAUUCCCGAAAUACUCCUCCACUGCUUACUCAUGUCCCUUGGAAAUUAAGAAGGAAGCCAGGAGAAUAGCCGCCAUAACCAGGGAUGAACUUCUUGUCCACUGCUGCCUGCUAUGCUAGCAACAGCCUCCUAACUCGUAAUGACUUAGCCAUGAGGAAUGUUUCUAGAUUCUACUUUAGCUGUCUGCCCAUUUGGAAGAUGCUGAGGACAGAGAGAGGACCCAAGCAGGCAACUAGUUGGAGGACUUGUACACGUUUUCUUCCAGCAGUAUGUCAGAGAGGUGGCAGCCCACUGGGGACAGGGCUGCCUGGGUUCUGUGCUCGAGGGGACCUUGAGCAGGCUAUUUAACCCUUCUGUGCCUCAGUUGCCUGAUCUAUAACAUGGAAAUUAGCAAUCCCUACUAGCUAAAGUUGGGGAAUUUACAGAGUUAAUAUUUGUAAAGGUCUGAGAAUAUUCCUGGCAGAGUAAGCACUCUGUGAGUAUGACACUGGCAUUUCUUCUGCAGCACUACAUGCUGUCUAUGCCUUUGUCCAAGUCUGAAACCCUAGAACUGUUAGAAUUCAGUUCAGUGUUUACACAAUCCUACAGCUCUGCUAGGCUUCUAUGAUGCUACUAUUCUGCAUUUGAAUGAGCAAAUGGGUUUAAUGCAUUGUCAGGGAGCUGGCCAAAGCUUGAGAGCUCCUUUCUGGCUGGGAGGCCCCUUGGAAUGUGGCCUUCUGAAGGUAAGCUGGCAGCGAGCCUGACAUGCUUUCAUCUAGUUUCCUCGCUUCCUUCCUUUUCUGCAGUUUUCGCUUCAGAGAAAGCAGAAUCCUUAAAAAUAACCCUCUUAGUUCACAUCUGUGGUCAGUCUGGGCUUAAUGGCACCCCAUCCUCCCCAUUUGCUCAUUUGGUCUCAGCAGUGAAUGGAAAAAGUGUCUCGUCCUGACCCACUGCUUCCCUUUCCUACUUCCUGGAAAUCCACGGGAUGCUGCAUUUGCUCAGCAGAUUUAACAGCCCACUUAUCAUUCAUGGAAGAUCCCUCCUCCUGCUUGACUCCGCCCUCUCCCCCUCUGCCCGCUUUCAAAUAAAAGGCAGAGACAGCAGCCAGAGGAACAGAGAGACUGAGACUAACCCAGAAACAUCCAGUUCUCAAACUGAAGCUCGCACUCUCGCCUCCAGCAUGAAAGUCUCUGCCGCACUUCUGUGCCUGCUGCUCAUAGCAGCCACCUUCAUUCCCCAGGGGCUCGCUCAGCCAGAUGCAAUCAAUGCCCCAGUCACCUGCUGCUAUAACUUCACCAAUAGGAAGAUCUCAGUGCAGAGGCUGGCGAGCUAUAGAAGAAUCACCAGCAGCAAGUGUCCCAAAGAAGCUGUGAUCUUCAAGACCAUUGUGGCCAAGGAGAUCUGUGCUGACCCCAAGCAGAAGUGGGUUCAGGAUUCCAUGGACCACCUGGACAAGCAAACCCAAACUCCGAAGACUUGAACACUCACUCCACAACCCAAGAAUCUGCAGCUAACUUAUUUUCCCCUAGCUUUCCCCAGACACCCUGUUUUAUUUUAUUAUAAUGAUUUUUGUUUGUUGAUAUGAAACAUUAUGCCUUAAGUAAUGUUAAUUCUUAUUUAAGUUAUUGAUGUUUUAAGUUUAUCUUUCAUGGUACUAGUGUUUUUUAGAUACAGAGACUUGGGGAAAUUGCUUUUCCUCUUGAACCACAGUUCUACCCCUGGGAUGUUUUGAGGGUCUUUGCAAGAAUCAUUAAUACAAAGAAUUUUUGUUUUAACAUUCCAAUGCAUUGCUAAAAUAUUAUUGUGGAAAUGAAUAUUUUGUAACUAUUACACCAAAUAAAUAUAUUUUUGUACAAAA